AUGGGCAAAGGAAGCAAUGCUUGUAAAAGAAACCAGGCUAGGGAAAGAAAAAAUGUAGAAGUUAAAGGAGGAAAAUCUCAAUUAAAAGCAAACAAGGAAGCUUUAAAUGUAACUUGCAAGGUAUGCUAUACUGUUUUUAUGCAGACACAAAGUAUUUCACAACUAGCCGAACAUGCAGAAAAUAAACAUAAUAAGGAUGUUAAAGAAUGCUUUCCACAAAAAUUUAUAGAUACAUAA